CGGGCCGGGCUGGCGGGCUGCCGGGGGAGGCGGCGGCCCUGCCUGGCUCUGGCCGCGGCGCUGCUGGGGCCGGCGGGCGAGGGGACCGUGGGGCGGCGGCCGGCCGGGCAGAGGCGUCCGAGGCCGCCGAUGGAGGAGGAAGCCGGAGCCCCGCGGGAGCCCCGCCGGGAGAGUUCGUCACCAAAUGACAUGGACGAAGAACAGCCUUGCAAUCCAAGCUUGAAAAGAGAAGUAAGAAAACGUCAGAAUUCAAAUCAAGGUUCCCGAGGGAGCGAUUCGUCCAGGACGUCUAGAAAAAGCUUCCGGUUGGAUUAUCGGCUGGAGGAAGAUGUGACCAAGUCAAAGAAAAGCAAAGAUGGAAGAUUCAUGAACCCCUGGCCGACGUGGAGACCACUGACCAUCCCAAAUAUCUUGAGGUGGUAUUUUUUAGAAAAGGACCACAGUAAAGUCCCAAGUUCGAAACAGGUCCUUGACAUGUACCUUCCGGUGUUAACCCCUUAUUUUGUCCAAAACCCUGAACGCUUCGAGAAGACGGGAAACGGUUUGCGAGUAACGUGGCUCGGACACGCCUCGGUGAUGGUCGAAAUGGAUGACGUGACCUUUCUUACCGAUCCCAUCUUCAGCCAACGGGCCUCCCCGGUGCAGUUUAUGGGCUCUAAACGUUUCCGGGGUCCUCCGUGCACCAUCGACGAACUGCCCAAAAUAGACGCCGUCUUGAUCAGCCAUAACCACUACGACCACCUGGAUUACUCCACCGUCCUGGGUUUAAACGCGCGCUUUGGCAGUGAACUCAGAUGGUUCGUGCCACUGGGCCUGUUGGACUGGAUGCAGAGGUGUGGCUGUGAGAACGUCAUCGAGCUAGACUGGUGGGGAGAAAACUGCAUUCCUGGCCGCGACGCCGUCACCUUUGUUUUCACGCCUGCACAACACUGGUCCAGAAGGGGUGCCAGAGAUGAAAACAAAGUUCUCUGGGGCAGCUGGUCUGUUCUGGGUCCCUGGAACCGGUUCUUCUUCGCCGGAGACACCGGUUAUUGCGUUGCCUUCGAGGAAAUUGGGAAGCGGUUUGGGCCGUUCGAUUUGGCAGCGAUUCCCAUCGGCGCCUACGAACCAAGGUGGUUUAUGAAAUAUCAGCAUGUCGAUCCCGAAGAAGCAGUGCGGAUCCACAUCGAUGUACAAGCCAAGAAGUCUAUCGGCGUUCACUGGGGAACCUUUGCUUUAGCAAAUGAGUACUACUUAGAGCCACCUGUUAAACUGAAAGAAGCUCUUGAGAGAUACGGAUUGCAAACAGAAGAUUUCUUUGUUCUGAACCAUGGAGAAUCGCGAGAUUUAAAUAUUAACGAUCACGGAUUUGAAUAGAAACAGGAAAAAAAAUUCUUAUUAACCAUAACUGGGGGCGGGAAAAAAAAUAAGAGUGAAUAUUUUUUGUAAAACAAAAAUUAGAUAGGCUUUUGAUGAUCUCCGGCGUGUUUAAUUCUAACAGUCUUUAAAAUCUUGCACACCGACUUUGUAACAUGAUUUUUGAUGAACGAAUUAACUGUGGAGAGCAUUAACUGAGCUACAAAUAAGUUUUAAGUAAACAGGGAAGUUAACCUUUGUACAACUGUAAUCAUUUGCCAUGGAAAAGGUACAAAAGAACUGCUGAGAAUUUAUUCCUAUCCAGAAACUCUUAAGAGCAUGUGUUCAAUCCUUGGCAGGGCCUGGUUGCAUGCAAAAAGAUGGAAUGUAAAUUUUAACCCGGCCAUUAAUAUGCAAACUGACUGUGUGCAGAUCAAUGCUGAUGAGACUUAACCUGGCGCAGGUUAUCUCCCACUCAUUAACUAAUCAAGAAAGGAACAAAAGAGAAGUGUGUGAAGCUAUUGGGAUAAAAAUUUAAGGCUACCCAAAACAACACCUUUGUAUUUAGAACUGGGUGCUGGAUUUAUACAUGAAUCGGAAACAUUUCCCAGCCUGCUGAAAUCUGAAUUUUGGGGUUAGCUGUGAUGAUGAUUCAAAGACUUCACUCCAAUCCAUCGUUUUGUACGCUUGUUUAUUCAGACAGAAAGCCUACAUUAAAAAGGCAAGCUGGAGGGUGUUUAGGAUUGCCAAUUUAGCCAUGUUCGUUUCUUGGAACACAAGUUUCUAUAGCGUGGCUGUUUUUUUUUUUUAAAAAAAUAUGAAUACUAACAUGACAAUAUUUUUAAAGUUUCACGUACGCCCUAAAUACAGUUGAGCAAAGUUCUCACCCAGAGGUUGUGCUUGUUGCCUUCAGAGGGGUUGAAUUGUAGGCUUUGCAAGGAGUCUUCCAACAUAGUUGCUGUUAAAGCACAUUUUAAGAGGAAAUCCAGAUCUUUACUGAAUGCUUUAUACACCUUUACUUGCAAACGUGGAAGCUUUGUUUUUUGAAAUUAUCCACUGAAACGUGCCUUUUCGAGAGUUCUAACAUGAAAAAUGCCUGUUAUUUAUUUGUGCUGCUGGCCCAAACGUGUGUUUGUAUUGCAUUGCGCUGCCACUGCUUAAUUGCUUGUUAUCCUCACCCAAAGACUUCCGUUGUUCGAGAAUAUGAUUGGCAGAUGUGACAAGAACAUUUUUGGUUUCUCCAAAGUCUUUAUUCCAGCUCAUUUUGUUGGUGCUUCUUUCCUUACGGCAACGGUGAUGUCCAAAAACCAGUAAUUUUAACAACACAACGUAGAAAUAACACGUGUGGGUUCCUUGCCAAACUGAAAUCACUGAUGGAUGAAUUUGUUCGGCGUUAAAAAUAUGAGCCAACGGGCUUGUGUGUGAACCUGCUACUUUGACAAUAAAUUCUUGCCCCCAGAAUGUU